CCUUUGACGUUGCAUUCUGAGCUCUGCGUGUUCUAUUUGGGGAAAUUAAGCUAGUUAGCUAACGGAUCAAUCUGAGCAAUUUAAACAAGAGUUUCUUUAUAAAUACGGGUUGUUAUAUACUUUGUCAACUUUAAAUCAAAAGCAAGCUCUAACCUAUUUUCCGCAGAAGGUAGACAACAUUCUCCGCUGGGGACAUUAGUAGUUAGCAGUUAUUGAGCUUUGCUAACGUUAUCUAGCUAGCUAAAAAGCUAAUAACAACAACACGGCUCUGGAGCUGUCAGUAAGGUGUUGCCUGAUUAUUUUACCACAUUUAUUAGUUUGAUGGCAGAUUAAGGUUGCCAUCACGCAAGCUUUAUCACGUAGCUGCGGCUUGGUUCCUCUUCAUUCCCCAUAUUAAAGAUAAUCCCUAGUGCACUAUAGCAGACAUUAACGUUAACUGAAGCUUCAUUUACAGUUCUAACUUUAUUAUUAUUUCAGACAUUCUGGAAUAUGGCUGAGUCCAGCGGCAUUAUUGAAGUUACUGUGAAGACUCUGGACUCCCAGAGCAGGAGCUACAAAGUCAGAGGCGAGCUGACAGUGAAGAAGUUCAAGGAGCACAUAGCAGCAUCAGUGGAGAUCCCAGUAGACAAGCAGAGGCUCAUCUACCAGGGCCGAGUGCUGCAGGACGACAGAACGCUGACUGAAUACAAUGUAGACGGGAAGGUCAUCCACCUGGUGGAGCGUGCCCCACCUCAAUCCUCUAUGUCCGGUUCUGGGGAUGCGGGUGUUUCUGCCGGGAUGGCAGAAGGUGGAAGUAGCAGCUACACUUCCUACCAGGGUGCACCACAUGACCGCAAUGCGAACAGCUACGUGAUGCUGGGGACCUUCAACCUGCCCGUCAGCAUCAUGGAGCCCCAGCAGAUACAGAUGUCCGUUCAGCAGAUGAUGGCUGAAGUUGGUGAAGCUGGAAGGAGUGCCAGGGUUGGCACCAGCAGCGGGAACAAUGGCUCGGUGGACGUACAGAUCAACUUGGACCAGUCAGUGCAGAGUGAGGCCAGGAUGAGGCUGCAGCUGGCUGAGAACCUGCUCAGGGACGCGUGCUCUCUGAUCCACAGGCUGGAGCCAGAGGCAUCCCAGUCCUCUUCUUCCAUGCUGCCAUCUUCCUCUUUUGUUGGAGGGGCUGUAGCAUCACAACCCACGGACUCCAGCUCUCCUCCUGCUCCAUCAUCCUCCACCUCCAUUCAGACUGAGGCACCAGCCAAUACUGGGCCCAGUCACCCGAGUCCAGCAGAGUUUGUGGAGGUUCUCUCUGAGGUCAGGAGGGUGGAAGAGCGGUUACGUCCCUUCCUAGAGAGGACCCACUCGAUUCUCGGAGCCGCCACUUCUGCAGACUACAACAACAAUACCCAGGAAAGAGAGGAGGAUCAGCGCGUUCUCAACCUGGUCGGAGAUGCUCUGCGUCUCCUUGGCAACACUUUAGUUGUCCUCGGUGACCUACGUUGUAACCUGGCAACCUCUCCUCCACGUCACCUGUAUGCGGUUCGCCCCAUGGCCCACUACACCCACCCUGUCCUGCUCCAGGCUGGUCUGCCACACAUGCCCCUUCCAAUAAACAUGGGGACAACAGUAACAAUGGCAGCUGAAGGACAACGCCAGCCCUAUCAGGAUGCUGGCCAAUCAGAUCAGCAGGCUGCAGGUGAUGCUCCGCCUCUUCAUUCAAAUGGGACCACUCAUCACCAAGGACAGGGAGGACCCCGAGUGAUCCGGAUCACCCACCAGACCAUGGAGCCUGUAGUCAUGAUGCAGAUGAACAUUGAUGGUGAGCCAGCUGCUGGGUCUCAGGUUUCAGGGCAGUCUAAUGCUGCAGGUCCCGGACAGCUAGGAGGGACACCUGUUCACUUCCCAGGCCUGCCCCCUGAGUUCAUGCAGGCCAUCGUGCACCAGAUCUCCCACCAAGCCGCCGCCAUGGCUGCUGCAGCCUCAGCAGGCCACCCAGGACAGGCGGCGUCUGGCCCUGGCUCAACACCAGCCGCUGUGGGAACUGCUUCCACACAGCCCCCCCACCCCGCUCAGGCCAGGGUUGUCAUCACCAGACCAUCCUUUUCCCCCCGCAUCCCGCAGCCUGUGGGAACCAGGGGAACCACCAUCAACCUGAGGGCCACAGUACCCACAGCUGGCCAGCAGCCAGGACAGGGAACACCUCUGGCUCCCUCCUCCCUCACCCAGAUGAUCAGUGGUCUUGUGGGUCAGCUGCUGACACCGGGACAGCCAGGUGAUGCCAUGUUCUCAUCCUCUUCAGCCAGCUCUCAGUCCUCCUUUUCUACCUCUUCUUCUUCGUCUGAUUCCUCCACCACGUCUCCUCCCCCUCCUUCUGCCAACACCUCUGGACAGACAUCCACCCACACCACCAGCACUACCACCGUGGGCCAGCAACCAGAGGCCAGCCCUGAGGGAAGUCUGGCCCAGCUCCUGGGCUCUCUGCUAGGAGGAGCAGCUGGACCAGGGGGUCCCGGCUCUGGACCAGCUCCCUCCAUCACUGUGACAUUGCCGGGUGUCUUCCAGGGCAUGUCCGACUUUAUCCCGCCACCUGCCGGCGGCCCUGCUGCCCCAGUCCCCCCUCAGUCCGUCGGUCCUGCCCCGCCUCAGGCCCGCAGCGGUGCAGGUGGAGAUUCUCUGAGCCCGGAGCUAUUCACCGGCAUCGUGCAGGGAGUGCUGUCCACCAUGAUGAGCUCUCUGGGGACACAGCAGGGCAAUGGAGAGAGCAUCGCCCACUUCAUCCAGAGACUGUCCCAGACCAGCAACCUGUUCACCCCUAGCUCUGGAGAUGCUGUGGGGUUCUUUGGUGACCUGCUGUCCCUGGUGUGUCAGAGCUUCUCCAUGGUGGACAUGGUGCUUUUGCUUCAUGGGAACGCCCAGCCUCUGAGCCGCAUCCAGCCCCAGCUCACUGACUUCUUCACCGAACACUACCUCCAGGGCAGAGAGCCCACUGAUGCUAACAUAGCUACAGCAGCUGAGGACCUCAUCAACGGACUGGAGGACUACAUAGCUGAGAGCUUUGCCACAGUGACAGUGCGAGACGGAGUGGACAUCGUUCAGACCAACCUGUCCUUCCUCAGACAGCAGUUCACACAGGUGGCCUCUCAUAUCCUGCACUGCCGCGAUCACAUGUUUGGCCCCCGUCUUCUGUUGCUGUGCACUCAGGGCCUGUUUGAGUGUCUGGCUCUAAACCUGUACUGCCUCAGAGGAGAACAGAGAGCUCUGACUGCAGUCAUCAACCACCGCAUUAGGAGGAUGUCUGCAGAUGUCAAUCCCAGUCUGGUCAACUGGCUGACCAGUAUGAUGUCUAUGAGGCUGCAUGUCAUUUUGGAACACAACCCAGUUACCGAGGACCAAAUCCAGCACUACAUCAUCUAUACACGGGGUCCGAUGAACCAGAGGACAGGGGAUGAGCUGGAGCCCCUAUCUGAGAGUCCAAAUGUGGAGAUGGAGGACAGUUUGUCUCCAGCUCCAGCCACCACAGCAGAGGAUGCCGUGGCUUCACCAGCCGACGGCGGAGAGAGAGGUACGUCUCCUGCACAGGACGCCGCCCCAGCGGGGGACACUCAGUGUCCCGCUGGGGCCCCGGCAGGAUGGGAGGAGGCGACCCCUGAGGUGGAGCAAUGGACAGCAGCAGUUCCACCUGAAUGGGUUCCCAUCAUCAGACAUGACAUGCUGUCUCAGAGGAAGCUCAAAGCCCAGCCGCCGCUGUCCGACGCCUACCUGCACGGAAUGCCCGCCAAGAGGAGGAAGACGAGCCAGUGUGACGGGCCGCACCUGUCCCUGUCAGACGCAGUGACUCGGGCUGCUCGCGCUGCAGGAGUCCUGCCUGUCACUGCCCGGCACAGCCUGCAGGUGGAGCUGGAGAGGCCAGAGCUGCAGGAAGCCUACGCCAAACAAGUAAAGAGUGACAUCAAAGAGCGAGUGAGAGACAAUCCGGACUACAACACCCAGAGAUUUCCCAACACGCACCGAGCUUUCUCUAUAGAAGACUCCUAAUCAUCCACAGCCCUGUGCCACAGAGGAUCAAGGCCAGGUCCAGAACAGCAGGAUCUGUACACACUACCUGCAGCGUGGUGUCCGUAGUGUUUUAACAUCCUGUUGUAAACAUGGCCUGAAAGGGCGAAAGCUCCUGACUGAAUUAUUCCUCCUCCCCGUCCUCCACCUGCUGUAGUUCGGACUUCAGACCCUCCAUGGUGCAUGAUUUGAGGAACUGUGAGCUACUUGAGUUACCUCAUGCUAAAACAUUCCCUCUGCUCUCGGACACCUCUGAGAAACUAGUGAUGGAAUCAGUUUAAUGCCAGAGUACUACCCACUGGAAGUAAGACCAGAUCUGAGCAGGUCAGUGCAGGAGAGGACUGGGCCACAGGAAGCACCAAUCCUCUUCUGUAGGUCUGAAACAGUCCGAGCAUCAUAGCUUCAUAUACCACGGAGUAGUAGGGCCACAGAAUAGACAAUUGACCUGUUUGAGGAAAAGCUGAAAAGUUCCAAGAAAAAGGUCGUAAUACUGUGAGAACAAUGCUGGAAUGUUAAAAAAAAGCAUUGAGAAAAGUUUGAAUGUUGCAAAAUCAAACUUGAUCAAAUUUUAAGAAUGAAGUCAUAGGUUGCGAAGAAAAAAAAUAGCUGAGAAAAAUGCUAAUCUUGUGAAGAACAAGUGAUCUUAUAAGUUUUAGUGGUGCACAGACAAAAGUCCUAAAAUGAGAAAAGUCCAAAUAUUGUCAGUUAAGUUGGAAAGAAGUAGUUAUGAGUUAAACUUGACAUUUUACUAGAAACAAAGUCACAAUAUUUCAACAAUAAAGUCACAUAAUGGAAAUAUGUCGUAGUAAAGUAGGGACACUGCAAAAAAAUACAAUACAUGAGGUGUCGGAAUGCACAUCCAAUGUAAUCAUGAAUAUGGUGUUCUUUGCAACCUUUUCCUUGGAAUACUCUGACUACAUUGUCAUGUUGUGACACCAAAUGUCAUUUUCCUGAAAUACUCAUUCUGAGCACUUCUAUGGUGCAAAUGUAGUUGCAGAAGUGUAAAUGAGCGCAUAUUGUACAUAGUAAAUGGGCAGUGAAGUCAUAGAGCUUUGUUGGUGUCAGUCAUAUUUAUUAUUGACACUUGUGUCUGCUUAGACAGGAUACCUCAGUGAACCACGUGUUCGCUGCUGUGUAAGAAUCAGGCUGUGGUGAUGGUAGGUGUGUGAUGUCUGUCUGAAGCACAGCUGCGUCAGGCUGAAUGGUUCCUCAUCACUGAAAUAAAUGAACCUAUUCAAUAUCAA